AUGAACGGACAAGAAAAAAUAUCUAACAAAACGAAAACAGGUUCAAGUGCGGAUGAAUAUAAAGAUUUAAAAUUUCGAGGAAUCAUUAUAAUGAAACCAGAAUCCAAAGAAAUAAAUACCCAAAAUGUGUUUAGGAUAUACGAAGAUAAAUCUACGUGGGUCGCUAAUGAUAUUCAAAUCACUGAUAACUCAACAGCUGAAUUGCAGACAAACUGGAAGACAUUGGAAUCUCAAGAAACAUAUUCAUCGUUCAACUCGAUUACUAAUUCUCCAUUUAUAAAAUCUAAUAUUUCAUCAAAUUCGGGCCAAAAGGAAAAUUUAGCAGAACAAAUUACUAAGUUUUUGAUGUGGGACGAUAGAAAAACUCAGACAGAUAAUGUUAAAACAAAUAAAAACCCUAAUGAAAGUUUAUUUAAUAUUUCAAAUUCCAAAGAACCUCAUAUAGAUAGAAGUAGUGGAAAAUUCAAGUAUCCUUUAGAGACUUCGACAAGUACUAUGGAAAUACGUGUAACACCACAAAUAAAUGAUACCUGUCCCCGCAUACGAAGUCAACCAGAUUUGUCACACAAUGAUUUAGUAAAAAACAUAGAUUAUCAACGACAAUUAAGAACGAUGAAACCUAAUAAAAAAGAAAACAAUCCCAUUCAUGAAAAUUGUGCAAUGACCUGUAAAAAAAUUAUUCCAAAAUCAAAUGAAACAUUUAUAAGCAUCGAACAAACAUUACAUGAAAUAGAAAAUGAUGAUUUACAUUAUCAUAAUGUUAAAGAGACAUCAAUGGAGCACUUUGACAAUUCCAAUCAAUAUAAUAUUGAACAAAAUGAAGGUGCACCAAUGGAUUAUGAGGAGAGUUUUGAUGAAAACAAUAAUUACGAUAAUAAUAAGCUUGAUCAAAUUUAUAAAAGUGAAUCUAAAUGUAAAUGCAAAAAGUUAAAUAACAUCAAGUUUACAAAUUCAAAUGAAAAAUAUACAGAAAACAAGCAAAUAGGAAUUACGAAUAAAGAUGAGUCGCAUAUUGAUGAUUGUGAUUAUCAAUAUAAUGAUAGAAAAAGUGAUUACAGUAAUGAAAAAGAAACACAACGUAAAAUGUAUUUAGUUGCAGGAGAAGAAAAAUUUGUUCUGAAUUCAUCACCAUCAAUAAA